CGUCAUAAGAUAAUAGUCUCUGUGCCGCCACCAACGGUCUUAGCAAAAUGUCGAAAAAAUUACUAUAUUUUAGCAUAGGCGGAAUCGCGGAGUAUAUUAGGUAUAUGUUACAUUAUGGUGGGCAUAACUUCGAAGACGUGAGAUUUGAUUACAAGAAAUGGCCUAUUAAGGAAGUCAAAGAUUCUCUUCCAUACGGCCAGCUACCACUAUACGAGGAGGGUGACCGCAAGCUGAACCAGUCUAUCGCCAUCAGCCGCUACAUCGCCAGCCAGACCGGACUCUUACCCUCCGACCCCUGGGAACAGGCUAUUUUAGACGCUGCUGUCUUAAAUGUAAAUGACUUCAGACUAAAAAGUUAUUCCUAUUUUAUAGAGAAAGACGAAACGAAAAAAGAGCAAAUAAAAAAAGAAUUUCUAACAGACUCUGUGGACUUCUUCCUGUCACGGUUUGAGAAGGAGCUCAAAGACAACAAUGGACAUUUUGGAGGAAAGUUAUCGUGGGCUGAUUUCUACUUAGUCGGAAUGCUCGAGGGCAUCAACCUUGCGAUGAAUGUCCAAUUGGAGAAGAAUUACCCAUCAAUUACCGCUCUCAUGAAGGAAAUACCAUCGCUGCCUGGUGUCAAGGAAUAUGUCGCCAAAAGGGGCCCUUACGUUUUUCCUGCUUAAGGCUACUGAGAAAGAAAACAGGCAUGAUUUUCUGCAUUCAGAUGGGCACAUGAAUGGAAGUAGCCGUCGACAACGCCAAGGGUGUCUUAUCAAUUAAUAAAAAUAAAAAAACUUAUUAUCACGCCCCUUUUGAAUAA